AGCUAACCCGUUGGAAAAAUCAUCACAGAAUCGCAAGCGCAGCUCACAAGACAGACGACCUCGCUUCUUCUCUUCUCCCUGCCGGCAGCCUCUCCUAUUCUUCUUGCUUCGACUGUUCCUGCGACUCCAGACUGCCGCGGCCAUGGGGAACCACAAGAAGCUGCUGCAGUUCCUGCGCCCGGACCCGGCGGUCGCGGCGGCGCCCAAGCCGCCGCCGCCGUCGUCGUCCGAUGACGAUGACGACGACUACGCGUGCUCCACGCCGACCACCCCGACCACCGGCGCCACCACGCCCACGACCGCGACGACCAACUCCGCGCCCUCGUCGCCGUUCGCCAUGUCCCCCUGGACGCAGCUCCCGGGGCUCGGCUUCGGCGCCGGCGAUGGCGACCACCACGGCGCCGCCGGCGACACAACCAGGACCGGGCUCCUCGGCUCGCUCGUCAAGGCGGACGGCCACGUGUACUCGCUCGCCGCGGCGGGGGACCUCCUGUACACGGGCACGGACUCCCGCAACGUCCGGGUCUGGCGCGACCGCCGCGAGCUGGGCGGGUUCCGCUCCUCCAGCGGCCUCGUCAAGGCCAUCGUCGUCGCCGCCGACGGCCGGAUCUACACGGGCCACCAGGACGGCAAGGUCCGCGUGUGGCGGCGGGCCUCCUCGCCGCCGGAGGACCCCGCGGCCGCCGCGCACCACCGCCGCGUGGGGUCCCUCCCGCGGCUCCGCGACGUCCUCACAAGCUCCCUCCUCCCGUCCCAGUACGUCGAGACGCGCCGGCGCCGCGCGGCGCUCUGGAUGCGGCACUUCGACGCCGUCUCGUCGCUCUGCAUCGACGCCGCGGCGGGGCUCAUCUACUCGGGCUCCUGGGACCGGACCUUCAAGGUGUGGCGGGUCUCCGACUCCAAGUGCCUGGAGUCGGUGAUCGCCCACAGCGACGCCGUGAACGCGGUGGCGGCGGCGGGGUUCGACGCGCUGGUCUUCACGGGAUCCGCCGACGGCACGGUCAAGGUGUGGCGGCGGGGGAGCCGGGGGAGGAAGGGCCGCGACACGUGGCACGCCAUGGAGCGAGUGCUGCGGGAGGGGGACAGCGCGGUGACGGCCAUCGCCGUGUCCGUCGAGGCGCGCGUCGUGUACGUCGGGUCGUCGGACGGCGCCGUCACGCACUGGCAGUGGCGGCGCGGGGCAGCCCCCGGGGCCGCCCCGCGGAACGGCGGCGCGCUGCGGGGCCACAAGAUGGCCGUGCUGUGCCUCGCCGUGGCCGGCCGCGUCGUCGUCAGCGGCUCCGCCGACCGGACCAUCUCCGUGUGGCGCCGCGAGGAGGGCGCCGACCACGCGCGCCUCGCCGUGCUCAGGGGACACACGGGCCCCGUCAAGUGCGUCGCCAUGGACGAGGAGGAGGAGGAGGACGGCGCCGCGGGCGCGCCCCGCCGGUGGGUCGUGUACAGCGGCAGCCUCGACGGAUCCGUCAAGGUGUGGCGCGUGUCGGAAUCGGACGGCGGCGCGCACGAGGACGCGAUGACCCCCGCGCGGACGCCGGCCGCCGCGCGCGCGUGGAAGGGCGCCUCGCCGUCGCCGCUGCGCGCGUGGACGCCGUACGCGGCGACGCCGGAGCCGAAGCACAUGGGCGCGGCGUGAAGCGACGACAAAAUGCCGCCGCUCGCGGCGCGGCACCGGGCGUGCGCACCGGAGUAGAAUAGGCUAGGAAGGCUGGCUGUAGGUACACGAGGGUGUACGUACGUAGAAAUCGAUUUUUCAUACGCCGUAUCUACGUAUAUGGCGCAGCGUGUAUUUUUUUUAUAAUCUGGUUGGUAGUAUUUCUCCAGCUGGUGGGACCGUGACGUGGACGCCUUGGCGUGUGUGGUCGCGAUUUGGUCGGUGACUACCAGCGCGGCCCGUGGGCCCGGAGGAGGAAGGUGUGAGAAGGGGUGGAAGCUCCCAAGCAACCCUGCUGGCGCGGAACAAGUUGGGAACUUGGGAGAUGUGAACGUUUUUUGUGUGGUUUUUGACCUUUUUUCUUCCGUUUGCGAGAAAAAGAUGUACAGAUUGUUUUUGCUUGCGAGCAAAGGAAAGAUGGAAAAAUGGUGGUUGUUUUGCUCUCA